GUAAUAAGUGUGUUUUGGGUUUCUCGAGGCUGUAUUUUUUACUCCUGUCCGCCCACAGCAGCAAACUGCUUCUUCUAGCUCUGAGAAACAAACAGAACUGAGCCACAGAGCCAGUUCUACUUUGAACAUGUUUUAAUGUCUUAACCACGGAGCUCCGGUCCGGUUCGGUACCGUGCGGCGGCAGCAGCAGUUCUGGGCGGGUUUGAUGCUGCUGGACUCACGCUGAGGGAGCUGUGUGGGUCUGUCUGUCUACUGCAGUGUGGGGACACUUAUAAACUCCCGAAGAAACAGAAGAUGUUGACAAAAUGAUAGCAGCUCAGGACAUUCAAACAGACUUCCAUCAGGAAGGAUACUCUCGUCUCUCGGACGCUGAUCUUGAAGAUCUCGAGGGUCGGAAUGGCAAAUCUGGGAAAGGAAAGAAGGGGAAAAAGACCCUUGGAGACAAGUUGAAGGGGUCAGAGGUGAGAGGUCGGGUAAAUGGCCACCAUCAGGAGAACGACAUGGAGAAUCUCAGUUUGUUUGAGAUUGUCAAAUUGGGCAAGAGUGCCACACAGUCAGUGGUUGAUGACUGGAUUGAGUCCUAUAAGACGGACAGAGACUCUGCCCUGCUGGAACUCAUCAACUUUUUUAUCCACUGCUCUGGCUGUAAAGGUGCGGUGAGCUCCGAGAUGUUUCGGCACAUGCAGAAUUCUGAGAUCAUCAGGAAAAUGACGGAAGAGUUUGAUGAGGACAGUGGCGAUUAUCCGCUGGCAAUGGCAGGUCCGGUGUGGAAGAAGUUUAAAUUAAGCUUGUGUGAGUUCAUCGCGGUCCUGGUCCGACAGUGCCAGUACAGCAUAAUCUAUGAUGAGUACAUGAUGGACAUGGUCAUCUCUCUCCUCACCGGCCUGUCAGACUCACAGGUCAGAGCGUUCAGACACACCAGUACCCUGGCAGCCAUGAAACUGAUGACCGCUUUGGUGAAUGUUGCUCUGAAUUUGAGCAUUAAUUUGGACAACACACAAAGACAAUACGAGACAGAACGCAACAAGAGUAUUGGGAAACGAGCCAAUGAACGCCUGGAGCUCCUGCUGCAAAAACGCAAGGAGCUCCAGGAAAACCAGGAUGAGAUUGAGAACAUGAUGAAUGCCAUUUUUAAAGGAGUAUUCAUCCACAGAUACAGGGAUGUGAUUGCUGAGAUCAGGGUUGUCUGCAUUGAAGAGAUUGGUAUGUGGAUGAAGAUGUACAGUGAGGCUUUUCUUAAUGACAGUUACCUGAAGUACGUGGGCUGGACCAUGUAUGAUAAGCAAGGUGAGGUUCGUCUGAAGUGUCUUACUGCUCUUCAGGGUUUGUAUUAUAGUAGAGAACUCAAUGCCAGACUGGAACUCUUCACCAGCCGCUUCAAGGAUCGAAUUGUGUCCAUGACUUUGGAUAAGGAAUAUGAUGUUGCCGUUCAGGCCAUUAAGUUGCUGACGCUGGUCCUGCAGAGUAAUGACGAGGUUUUGACGGCAGAAGACUGUGAGAGCGUCUAUCACUUGGUUUACUCCGCCCACCGACCGGUUGCCGUGGCAGCAGGGGAGUUUCUCUACAAAAAGUUAUUCAGUCAUCAUGGUCCAGAGGAUGAGGGGCGGCCCAGGAGAGGCAGACAGUGUUUGAAUGCUAACCUCAUCAGAACGACUGUCUUGUUCUUUCUUGAGAGUGAGCUGCAUGAGCACGGUGCCUACCUGGUGGACAGCUUGUGGGAUUGUGCGUCAGAGCUGCUGAAGGACUGGGAGAGUAUGAUCAGCCUGCUGCUGGAUGAACCUUACCCUGGAGAGGAGGCGCUCACUGAUGCUCAGGAAGCUGCUCUGAUUGAGAUCAUGCUUUGUGCUGUCAGACAGACUUGUGAGUGUCACCCACCCAUCGGACGAGGCCCUGGCAAAAGGGUUCUAACAGCUAAAGAAAAGAAAACUCAGCUGGAUGAUCGAACAAAGAUCACAGAAACAUUUGCUGUGGCUCUGCCUCUGUUACUGGCUAAAUAUUCAGUGGACCCAGACAAGGUCACUAAUCUGUUGCAGUUUCCUCAGUAUUUUGAUCUAGAGAUCUACACAACCGGUCGGCUGGAGAAGCAUCUGGAUGCUUUGCUGCGCCAGGUCCGUGAUGUGGUGGAAAAGCACACAGACACAGAUGUAUUAGAGGCAUGUUCCAUGACAUUCCAUGCACUGUGCAAUGAGGAAUUCACCAUCUAUAACCGUGUAGAUAUUGUCCGCAGCCAGAUGAUUGAUGAACAGAUUGACAAGUUCCACCGUCUGUUGGAGGAUGUCCUGCAGGAGGGAGAGGAGCCUGAUGAAGAUGAUGCCUAUCAAGUUUUGUCAACACUCAAAAGAAUCACAGCCUUCCACAAUGCCCAUGACCUCACUAAAUGGGACCUUUUCACCAGCAACUACAAACUUUUGAACUCUGGCCUGCAAAACGGAGAUAUGCCUGAGCAGGUACUGACUACUGAUCCAGGGGCUCAACUCAUUUUAGUUCACUGGCCGGGUUGCAUGCCUUAUACAUGCUCUUCUGCAGUGAAAUAUGACGAGGCUGGUAAGAUUGAGGCGCUCCACAGACGCAGGAAUUUACUGGCCGCCUUCUGCAAAUUAAUCAUCUACAAUGUGGUAGAGAUGAAGACAGGAGCAGAUAUCUUCAAACAAUACAUGAGAUACUAUAAUGAUUACGGUGAUAUCAUUAAGGAGACCAUGAGUAAAGCACGUCAGAUCGACAAGAUUCAGUGUGCCAAGACUCUGAUCCUCAGCUUGCAGCAGCUGUUUAAUGAGAUGCUGAAUGAUCUGGGCUGUAACUUCGAUCGGUCCGCAUCAGCAUUCUUUGGGAUUAAAGAACUGGCCCGACGCUUCUCACUCACGUUUGGACUCGAUCAAAUCAAAACCAGAGAGGCCAUUGCAAUGCUCCACAAGGAUGGAAUAGAAUUUGCCUUUAAAGAACCCAGUCCACAGGGGGAGGGCGGCCCUCCUCUCAACCUCGCAUUCCUUGACAUCCUCAGUGAGUUUUCCUCCAAACUACUGAGGCAGGACAAGAAGACCGUACACCUGUAUCUAGAGCGGUUUAUGACCUUUCAGAUGGCCCUGCAGAGGGACGACUGCUGGUUACUGCUCAUCUCCUACCGUAACUCUCUGCAGGCAGGCGCUGAUGAUGACACUCUGUCUGUCAUCAGCGGUAUGAGCAGCAGGAGCUCCGCCCGCAUUCGCAGGAGCAAACCACCUGCCGCCAACAAGAGAAAACUACCCGAGGAGGACAGUAGCUGUAGCAGCAGUGAUGUGAGCAUGUGGGUAAAUCGUGAGCAGAGUGGCCCGCACACUCCUGUAAUGAUGUCAUCACCCCACAUCGUCUCUACUGUCAUGCGGGAUGCAAAGAAGCUCCGCCCUGAGCAGGGGUACAUGGGAGUUUACAGCAUGAGCAACGAAACGCCACACACACCUCUGCAGCCGCAGCACCAACACAUGGACUACAAUUCUCAGGUCGCGUGGAUGAUGGCCCAGAAACAGCAGCAGGAAAGAGCAAGCCUGCAGUACGGCAAGAUGAGAGGCCACAUUCAGCACACCAUUCGGCGUGGCAGUGGGCUGAUGGAGGAUGAUGAGGAACCGAUUGUAGAGGAUGUGAUGAUGUCAUCAGAGGAACGACUGGACGACCUUAACGAGGGCAUGGACUUCGACACCAUGGACAUUGAUCUGCCUCCAUCCAAAAACCGCAGGGAGAGAUCAGAGCUGAAACCAGACUACUUUGACCCUGCCUCCAUCAUGGAUGACUCUGUCCUUAAUGUCUCCAUGUUCUGAGAUGGAUACAUGAGAGCGGUGACAUGUUUUCCUCAUCUGAUUUCACUCCAUGAACUAAAUGCACAUGAUGGUGCUGCGUAUCUUUCCCUCCUGAAAACACACCAUAACUUUCCAUCUGUACAUAUAACAGCCCACAGGGCGACACACAAACAUUUUCAGCAUGAGAUCAGACUUAUCUAUUCAUGCUCUUUUGUAAUGGAGUUUUAAAUAUAGCUGGUUUUUUUUUUUUUUUUACUCCUGGAGCAGUUUUGAUUUUUAGGUAAUUUUGUAAAGACAAUCAAUUGUAAAUGACUUUAUAAAGGGUGAUUUAAAUCUAACAUUUAUAACUCAACUUUCCUUAAAGGGUUUAGACUUGCAGUGUCUGUUUUUUUUCACAGUACCUUUCUUUCUCUCUCUUUUUUUUAAUUCAUCAAUCACAAUGUUUCACUUCUCAGAAGUAGGUUAAGCCUCAUAUUGUGAUGAUAUUCCUCACUUAACUGAGUGGCUGAUUUUUUUUUAUUUAUAGGUCCUCGGAGAGCUCUAAGCACUUGUACUGAUUGGCUAAAACUUAGAAAUCCCACCCCUCCCUCAAAAGAGUUAAAUUAAUUUCUGGAUUUAUUUUUAUUUUUUAUUGUUUUUGGUCAACUUCAAAUUUCAAAGGUAUUUCUGCAUUGAGGGCAUUGCCCCCUAUUUUCAAAGAAAAGCUCUUUCUGUAGAAUAUAUCCAAUUUCUUUUUAAAUAUUAGAAAUAGGUAUUAUAAUAUAUUGUUAUAUAUCUUUAAAAAAUAUAUAAUUAUAUGUAUUAUUUUGUUUUACACAAAAUGUGUAAUGUAAUGUGAAUCAUUGCUGAUUUAUAUUUAACUUAAUGUUUUUAUGUUUGGUAUCCAACCUACCGUUUCAUUCACAUUGCAUCUGUCCUGAGAGAAUCACUGAUGUUUUAUUAACUUUCAUUUUGGAAAAGCUCCACUGUGAAAAAUUCUAUAAUCUUUCCCCUUUGUGUAGUUCAUUGAGGUUGUGGGUUGUUUAGGAAGUUAGGCUUGUUAAUCAGAGUGAAUUAUGAUGAUUGUCUUUGGUGAGAAAUCUUAGUAAAUGUAACCAUGGUGGUUUAAUGCCUGGUAAAUACAUUUCUGCAUGGAGUUUUUGGUCAGGAUUGGAAAGGAAGCGUCUUUUAUGUGUUUUACACACAGUUGGUCAUUUGUCCCACUUUGAUUUUAAUUUUCAGUCCUGCAAUGUCUUCUUAUUUCCAAAAGUGUGUGAGUGUAUGUAUUUUAAUGUAUUGGACUGUACAUAAAAACCAAGAUGUUUUUAUUCUAUUUACAAGAUGUCAGUUGUUUCAUUUACUAUGUUUAUUGCAUUUAUAUUUGGAUAUGAAAUAAACCUUCCUAAUCUUUAGCACUGCUAUCAUUGACAGCUGCA